GAUAGGGGGAUGUCAGUUGAAAACACAGACCUGGCAACCCUAAUGACAGCUUGAGCUGUAGUGGUGAUGAAACGCCUUAACGUAACCACCACUGGCAGGAUUUGGGACUAUUCAUUCAGCUCUUGAUGCAACCUAACGGGAGGAAACAGAGAACCAGGGGACAGCGAGUUGACCAGCAAUGUCAGGCAGGUGAACAAUGAGAGAUUGAAGCCGCUGAAAUGAGCGAAAGAGCCGAGUUAAGAGGGCCCGUAAACCGCCGGAGGAGGACGACCAUCUCCGGCGGUGGAGCAGUGAAACAAUCCAACGGGAGCAAGUGUCACGAUGCCGGGGAGAACCCCCCACAGUAUCCCGACGAUAAAGCCAAAACACACGAUGUGUCCGAUGUGCAUGCGAGUAAAAACUGGAAGGGGGACAGAGAGAUGGAGAAGACAGGGCAGCAGCUCACAAACAGUCCGAGGAAACAGAGGAGUGUAGUGGAAGAUUUUAACGUGAGACUGAGCUGUCACGUCCUCCAGGAGUCUCUCUUAAGUUCAGCCAGUGGCUACAGCAACUACAGAGGAAUCCUCAACUGGUGUGUUGUCAUGCUGGGCCUGAGUAAUGCACGCCUAUUCUUAGAGAACAUUAUUAAGUAUGGUAUCUUGGUGGAUCCUAUCCAAGUAGUGUCUCUCUUUUUGAAGGACCCCUAUAGCUGGCCAGCAGCUUGCCUCAUCAUUGGGUCCAAUGUGUUCAUCUUAGCAGCCUUGUACACAGAGAGGCGUCUGGCUGUGGGUACCAUUUCCCAAACGACAGGAAUGAUUCUUCACAUUAUUAACCUGACAUCCAUGUUGAUCUUCCCUUCAGCCACUGUACUCACUUUGACCUCCAUGACCCCAGUGGGUGGUGUGCUCUCCCUAGGAAUCUACACGGUGCUGUUUCUCAAGCUGUUCUCUUACCAAGACACCAACAGGUGGUGUCGACAAAUCAGACAAGCGAAAGCCAAGAGACUAACACGAUCAUCCUCGUGUCCGUCUGUGGCACACUCCAAUGGUUCAGCAGUUAAUACUCAUGUCUCCUACCCAGGCAACCUCACCCACAGAGACAUGUACUACUUUGUCUUUGCACCGACUCUCUGCUACCAGCUCAACUUCCCACGGUCACCUCGAAUACGCAUAAGGUUCCUGAUGAGAAGACUUUUUGAAAUGCUUUUCUUCAUGCAGCUGUUGGUGGGAUUGAUACAGCAGUGGAUGGUUCCCACCAUACAGAACUCAAUGAAACCAUUCCAGGAAAUGGACUUUUCCAGGAUGGUGGAGCGCCUCCUAAAGUUAGCUGUCCCUAACCAUCUGAUAUGGUUAAUAUUCUUCUAUUGGUUUUUCCACUCUUCCAUGAACUUUGUGGCAGAGUUGUUGCAGUUUGGAGACAGAGAGUUCUACAAAGACUGGUGGAACUCUGAGAGUGUCACAUAUUUCUGGGCCAACUGGAAUAUACCAGUUCACAAGUGGUGUCUGAGACACUUCUAUAAGCCGAUGUUGAGGAAGGGGGUGAACAAGUUUCUGGCUCAAACUGGCGUCUUCCUGAUGUCUGCCUUCUUCCACGAGUACCUGGUGAGUGUUCCUCUGAAGAUGUUCAGACCGUGGGCCUUUAUGGGAAUGAUGACUCAGGUUCCUCUGGCUUGGUUUGUGGGUCGUUUCCUGAACGGAAACUAUGGCAACGCCGCUGUUUGGAUCUCACUCAUCAUUGGCCAGCCUGUCGCUGUGUUGAUGUACGUUCAUGACUACUAUGUCAUUCAUUAUGGGAAUACCACAUAGCGCCAAACACACACACACGUCCCCACAGUCACACGCAUAAACAUGUACAAGUCGAGUUGUAUACACACACACCAGCCUGCAGGACAACUCAACGAGUGAAUGUGGAGCAAGUUAAGGUGACUUUAAUAGAAAGACCUGUCGGUGAGAAGCAGCGAUAGCAGGAAAAUAGUUUUUGACUUGUUGAUUUUUGCACUAAAGAGAGAUGAACCACAGUAUGUCGGGAACUUAUUCUAAGAACAUGAGAAGUGUUUGCUUUAAAGCAGUAUUCCACUUUAUUAGGACAGACACUUUGUAGUCAGCCUCCUGUACAGUAUUAGCAAACCUCGGGACUCGCAGUCACUACUUGCUCUUGAUGUCUGUUGCCAGCAUUGGACGUUUUAAAGUGAAACUUGGAUCUCUGUUAUUGGAAAUUUAUCCUUCACUGUUAAAUUUGGUAAAAGUAUGAUUUUUAUCUAAACAAAAGUAAAUAUGUGGUGCUAAGGCGGUCGAUGAUUCAUGAGCUCUAACAAAUUUUAGAUGCAAUUUCUUGAACAUUAAAAGCAUUUCACUGCAUUUAAAGUGGAAACAUUGCUUGUAAGCGAGCACUCCUCGUGUUUUGGAAAAUGCGCACACUUUUGUGCACAAGAAAUGUGAACCACUGCAGAGUGAGAACAAGCCAGAAGAGGAUCCUGCCUCCACGGAGCGGAUAUGAAAAUGUUGUUUCUAUAUAAGUCGCUUAUUUUUUUUUCUUGUAUCCAAAGACAACUGAGAAAUGAUGAAGCCAGAAACGGUUUGUUGCUACAAGCCAAGGCUUAAAACUAUUGCAAUUUAGGAAAUAAAUGUUUUUAUUUUCCUUUUUUAAAUUCUGUAUCCCUCUAUUUUUGAUGCAGUGCAGUUGUUGAGUUUUACAACAUUUAUAAUAAAAUGAUUUGUUUAACAAGAAUAAUUAAAGGCAGGAAACGGAAGGAUUAAGCUAAAAAGUGAAGGAGAAACUGUAAAAGGAUGUUUUUGUGACUUUGUUUGUACGGUCGUGGACGUCCAGGCAGCCUCUCAACUCCAAACAACAUCAAUGCAAGCUCUUAGUGUAACAGUACAUGCUACAGGUGUGUUAUGUCUUGGCUUUAGUGUCUCUUUUGUUUUACCUUUGACUUGUCGGAGGGUUUAUUUAUACUUUGUAUAAUUGUAUGUGUUGGUACAACACUUUUGUUGUGCUAAAUUAUUAUUUGUUGCAUUUUAUUUUAAAUCAAUGAUUUAAAGCAGUAGUUGAUUUACUGAUUUCAACCAAUCAAUGUUUUGCACUUUAAAGAGAUGCAUGCUGUUGACUAAAGCAAUAGAUUUCUACAAAUGUAUUCCUUAAGUUAUAUCAAUUGUGUAAGGAAAAUAUGUUUUGUUAAAAUAAUUUCUAUGUUUUGUAAUUUGCUUGUUGACAUUUUGUUGUCGUAUAAAAGUGGCUCAAUCUUAGUUUGUUUCAAAGUAAAACAGUGGUAAUAAUGAGCUUUCUCAUGCAACAAGAGUAUUUCUUGGUUCGACCUGAUCUAAAAGUUGCCAACGUGGAUAAUGCCAUAUAAUAGUUAGAUGUUGUUAAUUUUCUUUGUUUUAAUCCAAAUACACAGUGAAAGUUGACCGAUCAUGAUAAAUCAAAGCCAAAGUUUUUCCCUUUUUGUUUGUCCCCUUUUCUUUCCUUAUUGAUCAAAAUUCAGGGAAAACACUUGUUAACUUAUAAUACCAGUUAUCGAAACUGCUGUGUGUUGGCAUUCCUUAUUGAAAUUUCUAAGUGCCUGCUGUGAAAGCUUAAACUCAAAAUGAAAUAUACCAAUUGUUUAACAUCAAAAAGACGGAGGCCAAAUAAACAUUAACCUUAUUCUAUGUAUCUAAUAGACUUGAUGCACUUAUAUAAAUUAAAAUGUAAACUAUUUGGGAACUGAACACUUACCACACAUAGUUUAAAUAACUGUAAAUGCAACCUAACACUAGUAAGACACUUUAAGUAGUAUUAUGUUUUGAAGAAAACAAGAUGUUACUUUGGUGGGCCGUUUUCAUGGAUUGACCUAAUCAUGUUUUUGGUAUUUCAGCGCACAAACAGUAUCUUUAAUAUCUAUUAGUCUGACCCACUUUUUCAAACAAUUGUGACCCAGUUAAAAAUCUGUGUGAACUUUUUAAACUGAACAGCGGUGAGUGCAUGACAUUUGUUCAAUCUUUAUUCUUUAUAUAGAGGGAAAAUCUUAUGUUUAAAAUGUGUUAACUAGCACAUGUAGCAACAAUGUUAUGAGCACUAUUUUGUCAACUGUUUAAUCUCAAUGCCAAGAGCUGCUGUCGAGGCAAAAUACAAAAUGCAUGUUUCAUUGCAUUCUCUCUUUAGUUGGGUGGAAAUACUAAAACACUAAACAAUGGAAUUACUCAUCAGUAGGAAAAUACUGUCAACAUUCAAAAGUGCGAAUAGAAAUUUAGGACAAAUUAAUAUUUUUCUUAUUUGUUAAAAUGAUAAUUCUUUCUCCUGUGAAAAACGUUUUGUUUACAAGUUGUUUACUUUGAAUUCUGCCUUGUUUUGUUUUUGUGAGAUCUCUUGAAACGGGGGAACUAUAAAGUGACAGGAUGCUGACCUGAGUGUAACAUCACCACAGCUUGAGAUGGGACUAACACAAUUCUUCUGAGAAUGUUUUGCAUCUCGCAGCUCAAUUUCUUAUGUUAAUUGUUUUUCACCGAGCACUUCCUGUUUCACAUUAUUACUGCACUGAGUCCGCUCUUGGAAUAUGAGUUGAAAAUGAUUAAGAUGCUUCUUUAAGUUUAACUGUCUUUAGUUGUUUAAUGCAACAUGUAGUAAAAUGAAUGUAUUACUGAUCUGUUCAUACUGUACACAGAAAUCCAAAGUGAAACAAAGAUUAUAUGUUUUUGGGAAUGCAAAUCAUUUUCAUAGCCUUUCACUUGCAAUUAUGUGUGUCAUUUGAUAAAGAUUAUUUAUAUUUGA